AAAAGAUCAUGGCAUCUUUAUACAACCAAAUUCCUUCCGUAUCUGCGAUCUUCUCUCUCUACACAUCCUUCUCAGCGAUCAUGAUGAUCCUCCGGACGAUCUUGAACGAGAUUGUCCCGAACCCGAUCCGGGAAUACAUUGCCGCAAAACUCUCGGAGGUAUUCGCGUCGUAUUUCCAGUCGUAUUUCACGUUCGUGAUCGAGCAGAGAUGGGAGUUCUUCGAGAACCAGACGUUCCGUGCGGCGGAAGUUUAUUUGCCGACCCGACUCGCCGGACUUUCCACCGGAAAACUGCUGGUGGGUUCGAGCAACCUCAACAAUCUGGCCGCUUCUCCGAUGCUCGGUAUCCCCGUCGACACCAAGAUCCUCGACGAGUUUGACGGGAUUCCACUCGAGUGGACUCUUCAUUCCGUCGAGACCAGGAAAAACCUCCCUGAGAAAAGGUAUUUCCAUCUAACGUGCAAGAAAGAGUUUCGAGAGAAGAUCGAGAGAGAAUACUUCCCUUAUUUUGCGAAACAAGCAAAGGAAAUCAUGAGCGGACGCGAGAAACUAAAGAUCUACACUUACAGUCAAGAGCGUUCCACAUGGGAAGCCGCCAUUUUCGAGCACCACACGACCUUCGAGACUCUGGCCAUUGAACCCGACCUCAAGACCGCCUUGCUGGAAGAUCUCGAUGCAUUUUCUCGUGGAGAAGACUUCUUCAAGAGUGUAGGUCGUUCAUGGAAGCGCGGUUAUCUCCUCUAUGGACCUCCCGGUACAGGAAAAUCUUCCCUCGUGGCCGCCAUUGCUAAUCAUAUGAAGUAUCAUAUCUAUGAUCUUCAGAUUCAGAGCGUUCGGGACGAUGCCGAGCUCAGAGAGAUCCUCACAUUGACCAAGAACCGGUCUAUUUUGCUCAUCGAGGACAUUGAUUGCAGCACCCACAUUUCACGCAAGCGCGAAAGCAUGAGCUUCGAUGAGGAAGACGGCGAAAAUUGGUGGAGGACGCACAAUAAGAAGCAUUUCGACAUUGGGGUUUCUCUGUCCGGACUGUUGAAUUUCGUAGACGGGCUAUGGUCGAGCUGCGGAGAAGAACGCAUCAUAAUCUUUACGACGAACCACAAGGAGAAGCUUGACCCGGCAUUGCUACGUCCAGGAAGAAUGGACGUCCACAUACUGAUGAGCUAUUGCACGCCCUUCGUGUUCAAGAAACUCGCGACUUUAUACCUGAAAAUAGAUGGCCACGACCUCUUCGAACCCAUCGGGAAGCUACUCGAGGAGGUGAAUACGACUCCGGCCGAGGUCACACAACAGCUCAUGGCAAGUAAGGAACCCGAGCUCGUGCUCAGAGGCCUUGUCGAGUUUCUUGCAGCAAAAAAGACGGAGAAAGAAGAUGACAACAGAGAAGUAGAGAUUGAAGAAUAUGAUGAGAACAAAGAAGCUUUAGGAGGAGCAAUUGCAUUAGUACGUGAAGAUUUGUGAUCAUUCUAAAUAAGACCUGCUU